CUGUCACUGGCUAGGUUUUUUUUUCUGUCCCCAGCAACUCUGAGCCUCUUAGCCUGGUUGGCAGCAUGCGGGUGUUUCCGAGGAAAAUUGAACUGACUUGACGUCCACGGGGCUUUCCAAACGGGUCGCGUACACAUUGCACAAGUCUUGAAUACAAAAAGCAUACCCAUGAUCAGUUUUGACAGCCAGAGAUCAUAUGAUUUUUUUUUAAUCUGCUUGUGUCCUGUUGAAGGUUCAUUGGGUCCAAAAAAUAGACUGAGAUUUGUUCUAGUGGUGUCUGGAGCGGUAACUGAAUCUGUCUGCGACAAAAAAAGGAACCUACUUCACAACAGACUGCUGUGCUUGUUGUGAGAGUUGCUAUGGACUUUGUGGAGAGCGACUGACAUGAUAAUGAACCACCCCCCCAAAAGAAACAAACAUAGAGCAUUAUUCUCAAAAGCAGUUGUUUCUUGUGACUUCAGUCUUAUGAUCAAUGCGCUAAAUCCUUACUAAGCAAGCUCACCAACUGAUCCUCCAUCUUGACAGUUUGCGUCAUAUCACGUUGCAACGUGACCCGCGAGGAAUGUCAACUUGCACCCAUUUGAUUGACACCCAUGUCACUGUUAACAUGAUUUUCAUCUUCAAAAAGGAACCAUACUUGAUCAUUACAAAAAUCUAUAAAUGUUUGAUUUAAGCGUUGCAUUGUGUCAAUAUUUCAAACCAAGAGGUGCUGGCAAUCUACUAAUUUUAGUAGUUUAGAAGGGUUCAUCUAGAAUGCGAACGUAACACGGACAUAAGCAGUUAACAAAAUUUAGUUAGGAACAGUCUUCAAAAACACCUUGUCUACAGUAUUCUUUUUAAGAAAAAAUAUUUAUUCUUUUAAUUUUUUUUUUAAGUCAUUAAUCACGCUCUGCCCACACACAAUGACAAUCUGGCAUCGCCUAUCUGUCGAGUACUAAGGUCCAAAUUUAAGACAAGACAAGUUUAUCUUUGAACUAACCGCUGAAAAAGGCCAAAAUGGACCUACGAUGAUAACAUCAAACAAAAAUGGCAGACUUCCUGUGUCUUUUCAGGUGUGGCUUCUUGAGAUUUUAUAGUGGGCCCAUUCAUGACAGACAUUGCUCUAAUGGUUCAUUUUGAUCAGGGAAAAUAGCUUUUCAAACAUCCCACUGGGCACUAGCGACUCAAUUUCAAACGCUGUUAUGUGGUCACUGAUCUUGACUGAGACUUGUGUCCUAGCAGGAUUUGGAUCCGAAGCUGUGGGCAAACUUUGCUCCUCAACAUCAUUGCCAACCGAAGCCUUAAGGUAAGAAACAGCAGCUGGGGCACGGAAAGAAAGUAGGCCUCAUUUUUCAGAGUGAUUUCUCUUUACAAGACAAGGCCGCCCUGGUCAAGAGCAUUUCAGAUACAGAUGCCAAACUGCUGGUGGUACUUCCCAAGGUUUCAGAAUUGAAGAAAUACUUCGAGGGAGCUGUUCCGACAGAUUUCGAGAUGAACAGGAAGGAGAGGAUGGCCCGCCGUCUGGAAGGGAUUGAAAGUGACGCUCCGCCAGUCCUGCUGCCUAGCGGUUUGGUUGCUAACAGAAUGCUGGAAGAGGACCCACAUCGGUACACGAGGGCCUCGGACCCCUGCGAUCCUUGUGUGAUGGCAGUGAGGCGCCUCAGUCGAGAAGAGCUGGACGCACCCCAGAAGCCUCUGACAUCUCCACAGUGCCAGUCCAGAGCUGGAGUCAGCCGCACAGAGGCAAUGUUGGUGUAUGUCGACCCUGUGACGUUAUCUACCUCAUCGACACCAGCGUCCACACCCUCAGACGCAGCCGAUCUGAAAUCCAAGGCCGAGCGCAUCGCCCGCUACAAAGCCGAGAGACGGAAGCAGCUCUCAGAGCGGUACGGCAUCCUUCUCGACCAGGAAGCGGACAUUGAUUAUGCAUCUCGCUUCCGUGUGCGACUCGACCAAGAUUCCGCUGCCGACAGACACUCAGCUGGAAGGCAAGAUAGACCAGAAACAGAACCGACAGAAGAUGAAACUGGUGGCCCGUACCGCUCUGGUGUGGGCAGAGUUUACAUGAGGACUCACCUAGACCUUGCAUCCGCAAUUCCACCAGGCCCAGUCAGCACAAACCAAGCUUCAGCCCCAAUGCAAGACACCAGAUUCUUAGAACGGGAAAGAGCCAUGAACAUAGAAAACUACCGGAGAGGCGGCGCUCAAGAAUGCACAUCUGGAAUCAGGGCCCAGGAGCACCAUGUGCCUCAGCCCCAAGAUCAUUAUCAUCAGCAGCAGCAGCAAAAUCCCACUCACCACCACCACAUAGACGCAACACAUAAAGAGCAGAGUCUCAAUUCCAGCAGGGACUCCAACGUUACAGCGGUGCCAGGGUCUCCUCGCACUGCCCGCCGGGCCUCACUGCCAUCAACCCGCUACGGUAUCUCACCUGGGGAUUUAUUCAUUGAACAGCAGGCACAAAGCAUCCUCAACAGGCAGGGAAUCAGAGGCAGUACACAGAGGCCUCCUGAGUGGAGAACAGACAGACACCACAGUACCAGACACCGAACUCAGGAGAACCCGCUUGCACACGGCCCGGAACCCGGACAGUAUAGAACUGUUCCUCAGCCUCGCCCCAGUCCAGGUCACUCUCAUUCUACUCACGACUACCAACCUUCCAUUGACUACCAAAACCUCCCUAUGUCCACCGGCCAACUCCAGAGUCCCCCAGUGAUCGGGGGAUCAAGAAGGCGAGUGAGCGCUGACCAAAUCCACGCAGCCCAAAAGGAGGCAAGGCUGGAGGCAAGGUUGGAGACCCAGCAAGCCUCCAAAGAAGAAGUCCACACGGAAGGUCUGUUGAAGAGCCGGAAAGCGGUGUUGCCAUCCGAAAUCCGCAAGCGAGAAAAGACUGCAGAUGAUCCUCACAGAGGACCAAACAAAAAUGUGGAGAGUCAAACUAACAGCCCGGAACAGAUGAUACUUAGUCGAGAAGUUGAGGAACCCUGGCAUUCACCCAGAGAGCGAAGACGGGAAAGGAACACAGAGAAGAUCCGAGAACGAAGGAGGCAUCGUCUCUCUGGUCAUGAGCCUCAAGAGGACCGAGUGUUAAGACUAGUGCACACGGAGAAUGCCUCGGAAACCUUCAACCAUCCAGAGUCACUCAUGCUUCAGACAGAAAUCAGAAGUUGUGCUGAGGAAGAUCUUCCACGACAGUAUCAGUACAACUCCUCAAGGAAGCCUCAGCAGACACGACAAGAAGCUCAUCUGAUGAGAGUGGAAGAGGCCCGGCGGUAUGAAGUUUCAGAGCCUCAAAGGCAGCAAGAAUUGCAGAGGAGUGGCUCAGCUAUUUAUCUUCAGAAGGGUUCUUCUUUACCUCAGGCCAAGCACAGAAGCACAGAAGCAGGAGGAGGGCCUAAACCCAAAACACGAAUCCGCUCCAUGUCAGACAUCGGUAUCAGCGAGGAUUCUGUCAUGUACCGGAGACAGAGGGCUACCGCCACCCACGAGAACUCCUCCAGGCCUGUGCCUUCAUCAGGGGCGGCUAAUGGCGAGAUGGGAACCUUGGACACUCGAGUAUCAGUGGCCCAGCUGCGACACUCUUACCUGGAGAACGCCAACAGAAAGCCUGACUUCGAGAGUACCCACUUCUCAGCGAUGGAAGUAGAUCUUGCAGCGAGUGGCAUGGAUCCCUGGGGGGACCGAGCUGCUCGGAGGCCCCGCCGCUACAUUACACCGGGGGAUGGCCGCAUGUCUGAAAGGAGUCGGACUCAACCAAUCACAUCUGCGGAACGUCUGGAGACUGACAGGUCCUAUCUUAGUCCAGCACUGGUGCAAGAUGUUGAAGUGGAUGAAGAAAAACUGGACGAGCGAGCCAAGAUGAGUGUAGCAGCCAAGAGGUCCCUUUUCAGGGAGUUGGAGAAGACUUUGGAGGGUGGUGUUCCCAAGCCUCGCUCUCGAAACGCUGCUGUGGAACGUCGUCUACGCAGGGUCCUGGAUCGCUCGCACACUCAGCCCGUCACCGGCAAGGAAGUGGUCGACGCUUGCAGUGAACCUUCGACAUCAUCACACACUGUGGGAAGCCACACCAGCCCCAGCGCCAGCACCGCCAGUCCAGCUGUUGUCAGCGCCACUGUGACCACCACCCGUAUCCAAGCAGCUCCAGCCCCCCAGGAGACGGUCCAGGAGACCCAGGAGGACGAGACCCCUGAAGUGGAGGGGGACCACCUAUCCACUCUCAGCUUGGCCGAGAAGAUGGCCCUCUUCAACCAACUCGCCCAUCCGGCGGACGAUGUGUCGCCGAAGAGUGACACCGCCCGCCAACGCCGCGCUCUUGCCCGCUUUCAGACGCAGCCCAUUACCCAGAGCGAAGUGGAAUGGUUAAAACACAGCAGUCAAGUCAAACUAGAGCCCCUCCCCGCCUCCGUGGUCCGCUCUGUGGCAGCUGCCCCCUCCCAUGCCUCCAUUACCAUGGUAACCGCGACGCCUGCAUGCAGCAGCAGCAACAUAACCCACGAGGGGGGCACUAUCACCCAACAACAGACCCCUACCACCACUGCAGACCACCAGGAGAGGGCAUCGCGGUACUUCUCAAUUACCCAAAGCAAGGGGGACCCAGGCCACCCCAAGCUCCGCCCCAAUAGCUCUGAACAACAACUGGGGGGACUCCCUUCUCCCGCCCCUUCUUCCGGCACUCUUCGCCGGCAUCAGGCGGAGGCGGACGACAAGGAGGAGGCGCAACCCAGCCCGAGAGCCUUCGGCGAUACCCAGGAGAAGAACGCAGAGCAGGGAGGAAGACAAGAAGGAAGAAGCCACCACCUGGGAGAAGAGGCAGCGGGAGAUGGUGGCAGCAUCAACCAAGAAAGACUCUCAGAUCUGCGGGAUUGCACAGUGUCACCAAGACCUUUGAUCAGCACAGUGUCUUCCACAACAUUUCAAGUCUCAAGCGCCCAGCAGACCCAUCCUGUCAUUCAGCCUCCCCCGACUCCACCCAAAUCCUUCCUGCCGCAAACCCACGCUGAGCCACCAAAGCCCCACUUAUACGUACAGCCAUCCCAAUCCCCGCCAAUUUAUCCCAAACCAUUCACUCAGCCCCAGCAGAGCCAGGCCAAAAUUCAGGAAGUCCUCGCCAAGCCUUACCUUCAACCGGACCCUCAGCCCCUACCCAGACUGCAAGUGCCUCCGCCGACGCCGCCAAAACCACAGGGUUUCCGCCACGCGCUGGUCAAGUCUCAGUCGUUGCCGCUGGAGCAGAGCCCCAGCGACGACUACAGCAGGCUGUCUCCCACGGGUUCCGCGGACCGGCUACCUUACGGCAUGUCCAGCAAACAAAUGUCCAUCAAGGAGAGAGUGGCCCUGCUGAAGAAGAGCGGCGAGGAGGACUGGAGGAAUCGGAUCAACAAAAAACAGGAAGUGGCAAAUGUGGCAUCCGUCGAAUCGCCCCGGCAACAAGAGGCGGAGCCAACGCAUCAGAAGGAGGAAGAGAUGGUCAUCCAUGACCACUCGGGAGGGUGCGUGUCAGAUCAGCUGUGGGAACCUGUCUUCUCCUCCACUUUCUCUCCUCCUUUCUCCCUUGGACAAAAGUGUCAGUACAUUGAGCAUCACGCUCAGGCUCAGCCGGCCACAAAGGAGGACAAGGGAGCCCAGAUGACCAUUGAUGAGAGGAAACAGAUGAUCUCAAUGCGAGAGGACGCCUGGAAGAGCAAGGGCAAGGGUGCGGCCAACGAUUCCGGCCAGUACACGGUGGCAGCGCGCAUGGUGAAGAAAGGCCUGGCUGCCUCCUCCUCGGUCAUGGGGCCGAUCCUUUCCCCCGUCUCCACCAAGCUCAAGAGCGGCACCGCACUGGUUGGGAAACCUCAUGAGGGCAUUGAAGCCAGAGCAGACAUGGAGUCAGAUAAAAAGUUGGACAAGUUGGAGACCUUCUUGGGACGCCUCAACAGCAAAGUGUCCGAACUGCAGGAGAGCACUCUGACAGUCACAGAGAAGGCGGUUAAGGAAGUGAUGAAGCUAGACGACGAGAUCUUCUCUAACUUCUACCGCCGCGUGGCUGAAUUGCCAAACAUACCCUCGCGUAUCGAGCUCAGCGAAGACUUCGACGCCAUUUUCGGCUCACAGCAGGGCUCUGGCAGGUUGACGUCGGCCAUGGUGCAGCACAAGCGCUCUGUGCGUCCAUCCAGGAACGUGCAGGCCUCCCGCAAUCCCGUCAAGAUGCUGGCCGCCCGCCAGGACAUACGACACGAGUAUACCGAGCAGAGGCUCAAUGUGGCUCAGCUGGAAAGUAAGAGGAUGUCCUCCGACAAGACGAUUAAAAGAUCAGAAUAUUCCGAUGCAGCUCUAGCAGGUUUGUCCAGUAAGGAGAACUACAGCACUGUGAGUUUGCGCAGCGUCAACGUAGCGGACACGCCCACAUCUAACAACAGCGCUGUCCCGUACAAAAACCUCAUGCUUCUACACAUCAAAGGCCGUCGCCACGUUCAGACCAGACUAGUCGAGCCAAGAGCAUCGUCACUGAACAGCGGGGAUUGUUUCCUGCUCGUGACACCCGAGCACUGCUUUGUGUGGAUAGGAGAGUUCUCUAAUGUCAUUGAGAGGGCCAAGGCUAUGGACCUGGCCUUGUACAUCCAAACGAAGAAAGACUUGGGCUGCAGGGCAACCAAGGUACAGAUCAUCGAGGAAGGCGCCCAAGUGCAGAGUCCAGAUUCACAAGAGUUUUGGACCAUUCUCGGAGGACAGACUCCUUAUCAACUUGCUGGUCCGCCAGAGGAGGACGACCGGUUUGAGAACGCCAUCGUGGAGACCAACUGCAUCUUUCGCCUGCUCGAUGACAAACUGAUGCCUGAUGAUGAUGAAUGGGGGAAGGUGCCUCGCUGCUCCUUGCUGUCAUCGAACGAGGUGGUGGUGUUGGACUUUGGCAGCGAGGUAUACGUGUGGCAUGGCAAAGAAGUGACGCUGGCCCAGAGGAAGGUGGCCUUUCAGCUGGCCAAACAUCUCUGGAAUGGUACCUUUGACUACACCUGCUGCGACAUCAACCCCCUGGACCCCGGAAGCUGCAACACCCUAAUACCAAGGAAGGGCCGAGGCCGUCCCGAAUGGGCGAUAUUCGGCAGGCUCACCGAGUACAAUGAGACCAUCUUAUUCAAGGAGAAGUUUGGGGACUGGUCCGAAGUGAAGCCGCCACUGUCACCGACAGAAGUGAACGAUCAGCUAUCAGAACAGAAGUCCACAAAGCGUGAGUGCCGGCCGUACGACGCCAGCCUGAUGCUGCCGCUCCUCCAGUCAUCUGUCACCACUAUCUUGGAUGGCGUGAAUGUGGGCCGCGGAUAUGGAUCAGUGGAGACAGAGGACCACAUGAGGACUCAAGAGAUCAGCACCAUUUCGGUGGACGUGUGGCACAUCUUGGAGUUCGACUACAGCCGCCUACCACGGCAGAGCAUCGGCCAGUUCCACGAAGGUGACGCCUACGUGGUCAAAUGGAAGUACAUGGUCAGCACGUCAGUGGGACGCAGAAAUAACCCAGAGGUGAGGAGCACUGGACCGGGACGGGAGAAAUGUUGCUAUUUCUUCUGGCAAGGCCGACACUCCACUGUUGGCGAGAAAGGAACGUCGGCAUUGAUGACGGUUGAGCUGGAUGAGGAGAGAGGGGCUCAGGUGCAAGUACAGCAGGGCAAAGAGCCUCCAUGUUUCCUGCAGUGUUUCAACGGCGGGAUGAUCGUCCACGCCGGAAAGCGGGAAGAAGAGGAGGAGAAUAUCCAAAGCGAAUGGCGUCUGUACUGCGUGCGUGGUGAGGUGCUGGCAGAGGGCCACCUGCUAGAAGUGGCGUGCCACUGCAGCAGCCUGCGCUCCCGAACAUCCAUGAUCCUGCUAAGUGUCGACAAGGCAGCCAUCUACCUGUGGCACGGCUGCAAGACACAGGUGCAUACCCGCAGUGUGGCCAGCAUGGCGGCGCUCAAGAUCAAAGAACAGUGUCCUCUUGAAGCAGGACUCCACAGCAGCAGUAAGGUGACCAUCCACGAGUGCGAUGAGGGCGUGGAGCCGCCGGGCUUCUGGGAGGCUCUGGGACACAAGGACAGGAAGGCCUACGACUGCAUGCUGCAAGACCCUGGAAAAUUCAACUUCACUCCACGGCUCUUCCAAUUGACCAGCACAUCAGGAGAGUUUGUGGCGACCGAGUUCUUCCACCCGUCCCGUGUGCCGGACCUUGUCAGCUCGCUGCCCUUCCUGCAGGAGGAGCUCUACAACGUGGUGCAACCGGCGCUGUUCCUGGUGGACAACUUCCAUGAGGUCUAUUUGUGGCAAGGCUGGUGGCCACAGGACAGCGAGAGCAGUGGAUCAGCUCGCAUGCGCUGGGAUGUGGACAGGAAGUGCGCCAUGGAGACAGUGCUACAGUACUGCAAGGAGAAGAGUGACCGGAAACCUCAGAAGUCCUACCUGAUACACGCUGGACUGGAACCGCUCACCUUCACCAACAUGUUUCCUAGCUGGGAGCACCGGGAGGAUGUCGCCGAGAUCUCAGAGAGGGAAGCAGAGGUGUGCAACCAGAUCAUCUUGGUCGAGGACGUACUGGCCCGGCUCAGUCGGAACACAUUCCCGCUGGACCAGCUGAGGGCCCGGCCGCUCCCUGAGGGUGUGGACCCACUACGCCUGGAGAUCUACUUGUCAGACCGUGACUUCGAGGAGGCUCUGGAGAUGAAGAGGGACAAAUAUGAAUGUCUGCCAGGGUGGAAACAGGUCAAUUUGAAGAAGGCCAAAGGACUGUUUUAAGCAGGUUUCAUUAAAGAUGGAACAAGAAAAGCACAAAAAGAGGGAAAGAGAAAGAUGGAAAUUUACAGGGAAAUGGCAUGAAGACUUGAAAGGCACUUCCUGUUGUGUGUCGGGAAAUCGCAACACCAAAUGUGUUGGUUUUUGUGGAGCUGAGCUGACACCACGUUACACAAGUGUGCAGAUUUGGCAUCAUCGUUACAAUGUAAAUGUUUGAUUUAAAAUCAUGUAUAGUGCCUUUGCUUAAUUUUCUUGUGUACAGUUUAUAUAAAGACGGUGGCAUAAAGCUUAGAGAAUCCAAAAUGGA